AGCGGCCGUGCUCGUACGUCGGCCAGUCUCGAACAAGGAUCCUCGUGGCGUGUGCAGCGGGACAAGAACGCAUCGGCUACCACGGACGCGCCGUGCUCGGACUCAUCACCGGAGUGAAAGAUGGCAGCUAGAGCACCUGUCUUCGACCCCGUCCUGGCUGAACGAGGAGACACGACGCCAGUUCCUUUCACGAGUGCAACCUUAGAACAGCUGCCGCCCUGUACCGCCACGCCCGACAGCACAUGCCAGAUUGUGGCCAACCUUUCGACGUUGAACGAGUUACUCUUUCACGCGAAACUAGAACUGCGGGAACUGUCCGCACCCUGCGGGCAGCUUUCGCUCGCGAGCUUGGCAGUGAACAACCCAUGCAUACCGCGCGGCUCGGAAAAGAUCGUCAACCAAGCGGUUGCGCUGGUUCACCGGUUGCUCAAGACGCACUCGUGCGUGCUACACGUUCACAUUAACCCCCGCGUCUUCACCUCUCAUGAACCGCUUAUUUGCGACGCCCUCAAAUGCAACCCUUCGACUAGGCUACUGAAUAUCGACUUCCGAUGGUCUGUUGUCAAGCAGGACCUCGACGAAGUCUUCCGUUCCUUGAAGCAUCUGGAAGAAUUGAAAUGUCUAGCCCAGGGGGUACGCGACGACGUGUCAUCAGCUAUGUCGGCGGUUGUUCGCUUCUGCACAUCACUGACGACCCUCAAGAUUGACGAGUUAUACAUGUCACGCAGCAUGGCCAAACCAUUCGUCGCCGCUCUUAAAGGAAACUCCACCCUAAAAGAGCUGUCAGUGCACGGUUCCGUCAUAUGCGAAGCCGGACGAGGCGAAUUCGCGCAGUACCUGAGAGACACCACCUCGCUGUCAACGCUAAGCAUAGCGGCAGGCGAGGCCAGCAGGCGAAACUGCUUCAACUGGAUGGCCGAGGGUCUCCUGGUAAACAAGACGAUAAAGAACGUCACGCUGAUCAACGUUCAGUUUAACCAGGAGAACGCCGAAUUGGCAGCGAGGAUUUUCACAGGAAAUAGAGUCAUACGGAGCUUCAAUGUAGUGGGCUUACUGCCAUCUUUAUUCCUGCAGCCGAGCACAGCUUGCAAUUUCUGGUACGCGCCACUGUCCACCAACGAGACGCUGGAGGAACUCAGCCUUCCGUCCUCCAUCUGGAACUCGGCGCAGUGGGUCGAUUUCUUAUGGACUGUCUCAAGGAAGCCGAGUCUGAAAAAGUUGAUCAUUUUCGUGCACACCGCCUCUCACCACCACCUGCGAGCCUUGUGCAAUGCUCUCAAGGAGAGCGGAGCCGAACAGAAGGUCUCGCUGGGAACCUACUACGUGUACCACGACUGGGACUUGAUCUACUCGAAGGCGUUCUCGGACGUGGACAUGCUCUGCUUCGACAACAUUGCGGGACGGCUUUCGAGCGUGUUGCUGGCAUUCACGCACAUUACCUCCAUAAGCUUUAGCAUCAGGAUGGGGGACGUGGCCGAAGUGUCAGCCAUCGCCGCGUACAUCGGAGCUGCCACGUCGCUCCGGAAGCUGCGGCUGACUCUAUGCUCGGUAGACGGUGACACGGAGCGUGAUACGAACACGUCGUGGACUGAGAUAGCGGAAUCGCUCGCUCGCAACACGAGCAUCAAAGAGCUGGGCGUGCACGUGGACACCCACUCGGUCCACAGCGACGAGGAAGACGGCGUGGGAGACGUGCUCCAGCCCCACCAAGUCCAGCGUCUCGCUCAAGUGAUCGGCUCUAGCCGCAACAUACGCAGGGUCCGUUUCAGCGCUGAACUGUCCGGCGUAGUCGGCGCCUUCCUUCGCCGUUUCUCCGAGGACAUCGCGCACAACUACAACUUAGUCCGCGUCACCACGAGCGGAGAACUCGGCACGCAAUCAGCGCGGGACGGCUUCAAAGUUCGGGACACGGCGCGUCGAAACUGUGGCCUGGUGGCGCGCGCCGCGCAGUUCGCCAGAGGACGUGCACUCGACAGGCACCGCGCCAUUGCCUUGGAGCGGGUCUGGCGCCAUGAGGCACUGCUUGAAGAAUUCGCCGAGCAGCUGUCCGUCAGCGUGGACGAGGCCUCUGCCACGGUGCGACGUGGGCUGAGGAGCAUGGAAGGCCUGCACGACUUCAUGCGGCUCGCCCGCGUCGUCCGGAACAGCGUCGUGUGCCACCCGAGCCGCGACGACGGCGGCCCUCGACUGGACACCCUCAACGAAGACUGCUGGAGGGUGGUCCGUCGCUACCUGAUGCUCGACGACGUCAGGGAGCCCGCCGAGCCGGCGUCUUCGAGGCAGUGAUGUCACAGCGCAUGCUCAAGAGUUACCACGGCCUUCGCAAUUCGCACCUGGCCCCGAGAGGUGGCGCUGGUGUGCAAACACGCGGCGUUACGGGACGUCGUUUCCCCACGAGUCGGAGCAGUUGCUGGCUAGCUGCAAUUACUUCACCGCGAUGUGAUGGACUAUUUGAGAUGCCUAUGUCUCUUAAGGCCACCGUACAAAAGGUGCAGGCGUACCUCAAGACGUCCACCAAGUGUGUUCUGACAUGAACGUGGCAGAUGUGGUCGCGGAUGUGGUCGAUUUGAGCGGGCUGCGUGCGUUCGCGUGGGAUUUUGAACCAUGUGGACCUCCAUAAUAAGCGAGGACGUGAUUUAUCUGCUACCAGAGUGCCUUUCUUUUACUUAACAUGUGUCCUUUCUGAAAUCUAGGUUGUCAGUCAAUUUUAUGUUGCCUGUUUGGAGAUGUAUGUGUUUAAAUUCAUCGACUCCUGCUUAUGUUACACCACUUGUUCACUUCUGUAAUAUACAGGGGGAGCAUAUUGUUUUAUGGAUUCUGAUGUGUACGUUGGGUCUAUAUAAUUUGUUUUUUUUUGUGAACUCCAGCAUAUUCAUUUGUUUCAUGGUGACCAAGGAACAAUCAUUAAAUGGAAUACAUGCGAAAUCUGUAAACGCUUGUGUGAA